GCGCACUACCAACCCCUUGCCGCUUCCCGUCGCUUCCUGUUCCGUCUCGGCCCCGCCUACCGCUAGAACUAUUGUUUCCGGCUCAGCCCGGGAACUGCCGGAGCGUUUCUGGCUCUGGUUCUCUGGCCCGCCUACUUCCCCGACGCUCCUCCCGCCGUCUGGGGGGCUGGGGAAGGUAGUUGCUGGUAAAGUUUUCCCGUUUCAAGGCCGCGCAGGUUGGGCGGGGCUGUCUUCCGUCCUCUUCGUCGCUGCCCGAAGCUCAAGUCGGCUAUCGGUGACGAGUUUCAGGGCGUCAUGGCCGGGGCCCACCGCGGCUGGCCGCGUGUGAGGCCGCCAUUCGCUGCCCGCGCGCUCCCUUGGCCUCUGGGUCCGCCGGCGCCCGUCUCGGCCUGAGCGCAGCCCCUGCGCGCCCGCGGCCUGUCUGGCGCCAGACCUCAUGGCCUCCGAGGCGCAGUCUCCACCGCCGUCACCUUCGUUGUCGCCGCCUGCCUCCCCCGAGCCUGAGUUAGCCCAGCUGAGACGGAAGGUGGAGAAGUUGGAACGCGAAUUGCGGAGCUGCAAGCGGCAGGUGCAGGAGAUCGAGAAGCUGCUGCAUCACACUGAGCGGCUGUACCAGAGCGCCGAAAGCAACAACCAGGAGCUCCGCACGCAGGUGGAAGAACUUAGUAAAAUACUCCAUUGUGGGAGAAAUGAAGAUAAUAAAAAGUCUGAUGUAGAAGUACAAACAGAAAACCAUACUCCGUGGUCAAUCUCAGAUUAUUAUUAUCAGACAUACUAUAAUGAUGUUAGUCUUCCAAAUAAAGUGGCUGGACUUUCAGAUCAGCAAGAUCAAGAUAUCGAAUCUCCUACUUCUGAUUCUAAAGACCAGUCACAAAUAGAAAAUGAUGCACACACUGGUACUGAUGGAACAGAAAAUGUUCAAUGUAGACAAGACCAUUUUGCCUCAAAAUCACAGGAGCCAGUGUCUGCAUUAGCAACAGAAGAUGCAUCUCUAGAAGGUUCAUCAUUAGCUGAAAGUCUAAGAGCUGCAGCAGAAGCUGCUGUAUCACAGACUGGAUUUAGUUAUGAUGAAAAUACUGGACUGUACUUUGACCACAGCACUGGUUUUUACUAUGACUCUGAAAAUCAACUGUAUUAUGAUCCUUCCACUGGAAUUUACUACUAUUGUGAUGUGGAAAGUGGUCGAUAUCAAUUUCAUUCUCGGGUAGAUUUGCAGCCUUAUCAGACUUCUAACACAAAACAAAGUAAAGAUAAAAAAUUGAAGAAGAAAAGAAAGGAUCUGGAUUCUUCUGCAGCAAAUGAAGAAAAGGAUUUGAAUUCAGAAAAUCAAAACGUCUCCAGUGUUGAACAUUUAAGCUGCAACGAGGGAGAAAAUUUUGCAAAUGUGAAAAAGAAGGCCAAAGUAGACAAUCGUUAUAAAAACAGUCCACCAGAAUUUACUAUUCCAGUGAGUGGAAACACUGUACAAUCUCUUUUUAAUGAAAACGUUUGUAAUUCAACUUCAUUUAAAGACGAGGAAAUCAUAGAGACUGAUAGUGAGCCAGAAGAAGGUGAAAUCACAGACUCUCAGACUGAAGAUAGUUAUGAUGAAGACGUUCCCAGUGAAGACCAUGUAACCUCAGAAGAUACUGAGAAUGAAGAUGAAGAAAAAAUUUGGCCCCCAUGUAUUAGAGUAAUUGUUAUUAGAUCACCGGUGUUGCAGACAGGAUCACUUUUUAUCAUUACAGCUGUAAACCCUGCUACAAUUGGAAGAGAAAAAGAUAUGGAACAUACUCUCCGAAUCCCUGAAGUUGGUGUCAGUAAGUUUCAUGCAGAAGUUUAUUUUGACCAUGACUUGCAAAGUUAUGUCCUUGUGGAUCAGGGCAGUCAAAAUGGCACAAUUGUUAAUGGAAAACAGAUUCUUCAGCCCAAAACUAAAUGUGACCCUUACGUACUUGAGCAUGGAGAUGAAGUGAAAAUUGGAGAAACUGUAUUAUCCUUUCACAUUCACCCUGGAAGUGAUACCUGUGAUGGCUGUGAACCAGGGCAGGUUAGAGCUCACCUUCGCCUUGAUAAGAAAGAUGAAUCUUUUGUUGGUCCAGCAUUAACUAAGGAGGAAAAAGAAUUGGAAAGGAGAAAAGAAUUAAAAAAAAUACGAGUAAAAUAUGGUUUACAGAAUACAGACUAUGAAGAUGAAAAGGCAUUGAAAAAUCCAAAAUACAAAGAUAGAGCUGGAAAACGUAGGGAGCAGAUUGGAAGUGAAGGAACUUUCCAAAGAGAUGAUGCUCCUGCAUCUGUUCAUUCUGAAAUCACUGAUAGCAAUAAAGGUCGGAAGAUGUUGGAGAAGAUGGGUUGGAAAAAAGGAGAGGGACUGGGAAAGGAUGGUGGAGGAAUGAAAACUCCGAUUCAGCUUCAGCUUCGACGAACACAUGCAGGCUUGGGGACAGGCAAGCCAUCCUCGAUUGACGAUGUGCACCUUCUGCAGAACAAGAGCAAAAAAAACUGGGACAAAGCACGAGAGAGGUUUGCUGAAAAAUUCUCAGAAACUAAAUCUCAAAAAGAUGCCCCAGGGACCAUGCCUUGGGUAAAAGGGACUGUAGAAUGAUGGUUAAUCACAGAACAAAAUUCAAGCUUUUUAAAAAAAAAAAGAGUUUGGAAACUCUUAUUUUAUAGCAGAAUUUUUCUCUCCAAAAGAUUCAGUGGCGCACAAGGGAGGUGUGUCACAGUUUACCCCCUCAUGAUUCAGAAAUGUGUAAUAAAGUAUGGUUUGCAGCUUUUAAAACCCAUUUUUUAAAACUAAUAAAUAGUCACAAGUUAUAUAGUAAGUGGACUCAAGUUCACAGGGCACGGAA